UGACAAACACGUUGAAGAGGGGACAGGUUAAGAAACUACCAAACGGGUUGGUUCUCGAUGCGCGACUCUUCAUCCGAGGGGACUUCCCGGCUACGUUCGGAUUUUCGUUUAAAAGCGGACGCGGCAUCAUGAUGGCUAUCCAGUUUUACUUUUGACACGCGCUGUAAAUGUGUCAAUUACAAUGAGGUUGUCCUCUUACUUCAUUCACUUGUCGGCGUUAUAUGUACUCCUCUUUGGUUUCCUCGAGCAUGCGGUGCUUGCCAUUCCCAUUAACAACACGAAUUUCAUCAAUGCAACCGAUUCUCGGCAUUCAGAGUGCUUAAGAAUUUUCAGCCGAAAGGAAUGGAAUGCCAGGAAACAUCUCAAUUUCGAGAUUAUGCCAAUAAAACCAGCACCAUACGUGGUGGUUCACCAUGGCGGUAUACCUAUGUACUGUCAGGAUCAGGAGACAUGCUCUGAUAUCGUUAGAUCCUAUCAAGAUUUACAUCUGGAUAAGCGAGGCUGGUGGGACAUCGGAUAUAAUUUCGUCAUUGGCGAAGACGGUAACGUUUACGAAGGUCGCGGUUGGGAUUAUACUGGCGCACAUGCGGUACUAUACAAUACCCAGAGUAUUGGCGUAUGUAUCAUAGGAGACUUCACCGAUUUUCUUCCGAACGAGGCCGCCUUGAAAGCGUUGAACAAGCUGAUAGCUUAUGGGGUUUUACACGGCAAGAUAAGAGAGAACUACAACGUGAUUGGUCAUCGACAAGUGCGAGACACGAAUUGUCCAGGCGAAACUUUUUACAAGUUCGUAGUUAAUCUUCCCCGUUGGACUGCAAAUCCAAAACCUCACAUACGUCCGAACAUCACAACAAAGUCGAUAGAUAAUACCGUAGAAGAAAACAGCAAAACAAAUGUUAUUCUAUAAUGACAUUUCUAGGUCCUUGUUAAAUAUAUCGGCCGUAAUUAUAACGAAUCUUAAUUAACGUAACAAAGAAUUGUAUUGGAUAUAACCGUUGAUGCUACCUCUACUAUUAUCGUUACGAAAUAUUUUUGCUGCUGAACAGUCGUUUAAAAAAAAAGCCGCCUUUCUCUGUCUCGCAAAGGUGAUUCCCUGAUUCCCACAAAGUGACCUCGUAUACUAAACUCACUAACGUAAUAUAUACGUCGUAGCAAUUAAAAUGCCAUCAAUAAAAUUCAUUAGUCAAAAUUCAAAGUUUACAUACACGUAAUGUUUCAGAUCGUUAAAAAAUCAAACAAGACAUUCUAAAGUAUAUGACAUAAAUAUCUCUCAUGCAAGUUCGACAAACAAGAUCAAUGUCACUCUCACCUUGGUUCGCGUGCGAGCCGUUCUUUUACAUGGCUAUGCUCGUUGCAACAAUAUAUGCUCUAAGGUCAUGGUCUUCGGAUUUAAUUAACGACAAUGGUAAUCAAAAUAGCACGAUGCCGUACAAUUGUCUUUCGCAUAAUUUCGUAUAGAUUACUCUGAUAAAAUCAUCUCAAGUACUCUGUUCCAUAAUGUAUACGUAAAUACAUAUGGAACAUGUAUAAUGUAAAGUAUGAUCGCAAAUUUCAUGGACAUUGAAAUGAUUGAAUUAAAAUUGAUUCUACUACAAACGAGGAUUGUACAUAUACAGCGA